GAGAGGAGCUAGCUGGCUGGCCAGGAUGUGCCAGUGAAAAGGCUGACAGGCUGACAGAGAGACAGAAGGAAGGCUGCAAGCAGCGUAGGCUGCUUCUUCUGAGAGAGAGGUUCAGCUUAGACUUUGCUGAAAUUGUUCUUCAACAUGAAUCUAGGAGUGAGCCUCCUGUGUUUCUUCCUGUGCCUGAGCCCCAUUGUGUGUGACCGGGUGUACGUCCACCCUUUCCAUUUGUUUUCCUACAACAAAAGCAGCUGUGAGAAGCUGGACAACUUGACGCAGGAGGAGAAAAUGUUUGUCCCCAUUUCCAUUGAGUCCCAGACCAUCCCUGCCUAUGAAGAGAACCUGAAAGACAAAACCAAGCUGGGAACACAAAGCUCGGAUACCAAGCGUGACCAAAAGCUGAGCUACUUGAAAGACCUAGUGCAUGUCCUUGGUAUGCGCUUCUAUGGGGCGCUGAAGGAAACAUUGAAGGGUGAAAACAUUCUCCUGUCACCUACCAAUCUCUACAGGUCUUUGUUGUCAUUCUACUUAGGGGCCUCCGAACAGACAGCAGCUGAUUUACAGAACUUCUUGGGAUUUGUUCCCCCCUCCGGUGACCCAGACUGCACCUCCAAAGUGGAUGGACACAAAGUCCUUUUGACCCUGAAGACCAUGGAUGACCUGCUCCUCUCAAGCGGAGCUGAUGAUCUGCUUUUUACCAAGCUUUCCUGCCUCUUCUCUGCUCCCAGUGUGCGUUUAUCCAAAUCACUCGUGCACAGUCUGGCCCCUUCCGCCGAUUAUUUUUAUGCCCGAGCUGUUGACUUUACGAACCCAAGUCAGGCAGCAGAACUAAUCGAAAACUUUGUGAAGGGCAAAGAUGCCAGCAGAACCCAGAAUGUACUGACAAACAUAGACCCGUCUACCACCCUGCUGUUUGUGACUUACAUUCAGUUUAAAGCCAAUGUGAAGAAAGCCUCCCAACUGAAAGAGCUUCAGGAGUUCUGGACUGAUUCAAGCACAAAGACCCUGGUGCCUAUGAUGUCCAUAACUGGAACAUUUCAGUACAAGAGGGACGACAGCAAGAAUUUUUCAGUAAUCAAAGUUCCUGUCAGCGAGAACGCUUUCCUUGUGCUGGUGCAGCCUGUCAACAGCAAUGACCUGAACCCAAUAGAGUCGGAACUUUCCUUGCAUCCAUCUUCGACUUGGCUGCAAAAUCUGUCACCCAGACAUAUUAAAUUAUCUUUGCCAGAGUUAACAAUACAAAGCGCGUAUGACCUUCAGGAACUGCUCACAAACAUGAAUUUGUCUGCACUGCUGGGGAAGAAAGCAAAUCUUACUAAAAUAAGUGAUGCCAAUCUUACCGUUGGAAAGGUUAUAAAUAAGGCCCUUUUCAAACUGAAGAACGGAGUAGAUCUACCAGAAGACCUCUUAGAAGAAAAUGGAGGCUCGCUGCCACUGGAAGUAACACUGAACAAACCGUUCCUACUAGCCGUUUAUGAGAAGAAUUCAAAGGCAAUGGUUUUAAUUGGCAGAGUAACAAACCCACUGAACGGUGUUUAAAGCCAAGGGCUGCAGGGUGGGGAGGGGGGAGUGUCUAUGAGCAGCUGUAGUCAGCUUUGAAAUGAAGCAGAUGGUAUUUCAAAUACAACUUUUAAAAGAUAAAAUGCUAGUGAUAAUAGUGUAUUCCCCCUCCCCACCAUUAGUCAUCCACUGAGAGGGAGGAAAAUCCUUUGUCUGUCUGUUGGGAACAUGAUGAUUCCAGCGUGAAAUCUUUAUGGCACGAACAGCAACAUUACAAGCUGCAGUGUGACGUUUGACUGCUUACCGUAACUGGUGUUUUAUUGCAGACAAAUAUAAAGAAGGGGUAACUUCAGCUCUUUUAUACAUUUGAAAAGUUGGGUGGUUUUGUGGGAGCAGCACAGAUUGUAUUACAGAAGUAGUAUUAAAACAAUACCAUGUGAGCAUGCUUUUGGGAUGUUUCUCUUCUUCCCACCCCCAUCCGAAUGGAAAAUAAUAUGUAUUUCCUAACUGUAUUGGGAAACUAAAAUAAGGUUGGUUUGCACUGAUGAGCUGAAAGAGCAAUAUUAUUAUACACACCUCUUUGGAAAGCCUUAUUUUUCCAUUAGAAAAGUUCAGAUUAUUUUUAAAACCACAAAUUAUUUAGACAUCUACACUGAGAGCCAUUUAUUAUACACAUUUAUGACCUUAAAGAAAGAGACUACUACUAUUUAGGGCCCAGUUCUGUAAUUCUUAACUCUCAGAGUAGUUCUAGCUCAAGCACAUAGUCCCAUUGGAAGUAAUUUGGACUUGUGACAUGAGUAAGUGCCACUACAUACGAGUCAAGGUUGCAGAACCAAGCUCCUAAUGCCAAAUCAGUCAAGUCACUGAAGUCAAUAGAUUCCCUGUUGGCUCUGAUGGAAGUUUAAUCAGGCUCUUAGAUCGUAAACUUGUGGAGGUAGGGGCUGUGGAUGAAAUCCUGGACCUACUGAAGCGAAUGGCAGUUUUACCAGUGAUGUCAAAGGAGCCCGGAUUUCACUCCUUGUCUGGCGACCUGUAUGUAAAGCACACAACACACUGCUGGCACUCUACAAAUAGUGCUAAAAUGCUCCAGAAUGCAACCUUUUACAGAUUGUAAUGGAUAAGAGUAACUAAUACAGCCAAACCUGGGAAGACUAUGACAUCAAAUGCAGUAUCUAUACAUUUAUUUGAUUUGCUGUAUGUAUUCCAGAAGGCACUAUAACAUUUAAAUAUUGUGCUUGCAUUGUACACAAGCAACUUUUAUGUUAAAUAUUCAGAACAGGAAAAAUUCACAAAUGGCUUUGUCAGUACUAUAGUUAUCAUACAGUUUAUAACUGGAUCCCUCAUUCAUUCCCACUUUUGAGAUUUGCUGUAACUCUUAGCCCUGGUCUACACUAGGAGUUGAGGUUGAAUUUAGCAGCGUUAAAUCGAUUUAACGCUGCACCCGUCCACACAACGAAGCCUUUUUUCCGACUUAAAGGGCUCUUAAAAUCGAUUUCCUUACUCCACCCCCGACAAGGGGAUUAGCGCUGAAAUCAGCCUUGCCGGGUCGAAUUUGGGGUACUGUGGACACAAUUAGACAGUAUUGGCCUCCGGGAGCUAUCCCAAAGUGCUCUAUUGUGACCGCUCUGGACAGCACUCUCAACUCAGAUGCACUGGCCAGAUGGACAGGAAAAGGCCCGCAAACUUUUGAAUUUCAAUUUCCUGUUUGGCCAGCGUGGCAAGCUGCAGGUGACCGUGCAGAGCUCAUCAGCAGAGGUGACCAUGAUGGAGUCCCAGAAUCGCAACAGAGCUCCAGCAUGGACCGAAUGGGAGGUACGGGAUCUGAUCGCUGUAUGGGGAGAGGAAUCUGUGCUAUCAGAACUACGUUCCAGUUUUCGAAAUGCCAAAACAUUUGUCAAAAUCUCCCAGGGCAUGAAGGACAGAGGCUAUAACAGGGACCCGAAACAGUGCCACGUGAAACUUAAGGAGCUGAGGCAAGCCUACCAGAAAACCAGAGAGGUGAACGGCCGCUCCGGGUCACAGCCCAAAACAUGCCGCUUCUAUGAUGAGCUGCAUGCUAUUUUAGGGGGUUCAGCCACCACUACCCAGCCCUGGUGUUUGACUCCUUCAAUGGAGAUGGAGGCAACACGGAAGCAGGUUUUGGGGACGAGGAAGAUGAUGAUGAUGAGGUUGUAGAUUGCUCACAGCAAGCAAGCGGAGAAACCGGUUUUCCCGACAGCCAGGAACUGUUUCUCACCCUGGACCUGGAGCCAGUACCCCCCGAACCCACCCAAGGCUGCCUCCCGGACCUGCCAGGCGGAGAAGGGACCGCUG